UGAUGAUCUGAAGAGGAAAAUCACUGAGCUCAAGAAAAGACUGGAUCACAUCUGUCAAGAAGAGGUGGAGAAGAUGUCCUGUUCAGCCAUUGAGCACCAUUGUAAAAAGUGGGGGAGCAUCACUCCAGUGAACUCUCUCCUCACUACACCCUCGUACCAGGUCACAGGUCAUGAGGUCACCCUGAACCUGUUGAGGAAGGAACAGGGAUUUGGGUUCAGAAUCAAAAGGGGAAACGACUCUGCAAAUAAGAUUCUAAUUACAACAAUAGUGAGACACUCGUCAGCUCACCGCGACGGCCGUUUGCAGCCAGGGGAUGAGCUGGUGGCGGUGAACAACGUGCCGGUAAACCAGAAAACACAUGAAGACGUUGUGGCCCUGAUUAGAAAGGCUGGACAGAAUGGUCAGGUGUCCCUGAUGAUCACCACCCCCACAAUGAAGCAUGGUGGUGGCAGCGUCAUGCUGUGGGGAUAG